AUGUGCAAACGUCGUAGCGGGCAUCUAGUGAUAAUAUCGUCCAUGGGUUCGUAUCUACCAACUGCUGCAUCACCAGAAUACCACGCUAGCAAGGCUUGUGUCCGAGUUUAUGGGGAGUCUCUGAGGGUCCUCCUCCGAGGUACCGGAGUCGAUGUCACUGUUAUCUGUCCCGGAUUCGUGAAGACCCCAAUGACCGAUAUCGCUGCAAUGCGGCAUGUCCAUCCCCUCCCAUUGAUGGUGUCGGGCGAGGACGCAGCCCUCAAGUGUAAGCAAGGAAUCGAUGCUAACAUGGCCGUCGUCAACUUUCCGGCCCCU